CGCUGAAAAGGAACCAGGGAGCUACCAAAAAUGCCUGCCACAGCCGCAACCAACAGCUGACUCUGAAAAUGCAUUUAAUUGCCUGUGUCUGAGAGCUGGGGAUUUUUCAUCGGAGGCCAUGGAGCUUUCGGCCAAUGAGCUCAGCAUUUAUGACAAGCUAUCAGAGACAAUUGAUCUAGUGAGGCAGACUGGCCACCAGUGUGGGAUGUCAGAAAAAGCCAUUGAGAAAUUCAUCAAGCAGCUCUUGGAAAGAAAUGAACCCCAAAGGGGACCUCCGCGGUACCCAAUCUUAGUGGCUCUCUACAAGGGCCUGCUCACCCUGGGAUUGGUCUUGCUGACUGUUUACUUCGUGAUCCAGCCAUACAGCCCGCUGCCGCCUGAAGCUCCGCUCUCCAGAGCCCAUGCCUGGGGCUCCCUCAUCGGUCACAUCCGGCUGCUUUCUCUGCCCAUUGCCAAGAAGUACAUGCUCGAGAAAUGCCAGGACUGGUGGGCAGCAGGUUGCAGACAGAACACGUCUAUGCUUCCCGCAAACUGCACAGUCUGUUCUGCUGUGAAAAGCCUUCAGAUAGUGACAGACUUUGGAGAACUAUCAGAAAAGCUCCAGAGGUCUCAGCCUUUUCUAAUCAAGACAGGGCAGCAUCUCUCCUAUGAAGAACUGAAGCAUUUUCAGUCCCAGGAUCCAGACCUGGCAGAGGUUAUAAUAGAAGAAAAUUCAGCUGAAUUGUGGAGCUGCCCAUUUUUCUUUCCCUGGAACAAAUCUGUGAAUAAAACUCGGAUUCUGCAGGAAUUUUUCCCCACUUCCUCUUUGCUGUCCUUCCCCAAGACAGUGUCCCUGGAGAGCUGCUUCCUCAUCCGCCAUCCAGAUUUGGGGAAUAAGAGCUACAGUUUGCACAGCCUCUUUGCUGUUGGAAGCGGACAGCUCACCCUGACUGUUGUACCUCUGGACAAGUGCAGAGGACACUGUGAGACGUUCAAGGUGGAGCUGGAAGCUGGAGAUUUGGGUUAUGUCAGCGCAGAUUACUGGAUGAUGAGCUUCAUGGCCAAAGGGACAGAGCCAGCGGUUGUUUGUGAUGGAGCUGCUAGCUAAGGACGGUGGGGUGGGAAAACGGCUAUUUCCAGGACAAGAAGACUUUCAGCUUUGAAGCCAAGGCAGCGUCUUGAAAGAGAUAGAGCUGGGCUAACUGGGGCAGGCAGCUUUGCCACCCUGCAUGUUUACAGUGUUUAAAAAUGACUGUUUUCCUGACCCUUGAGGUAAUUCUUUGCCUUUCCUCAAAUGUAUUUUGGGAGAAGCUCAAGCUAUUUAUGACCUUCCCUGUCCCCUCAGGUAAGCCCUGGGUUUGCAGCAAAGGGUUUUUUCCAGGAGCAACAAAGGGAUUUCUCAGGAUGAGAUUCACCUUGUGUCCUUUGUGGAUUAUGGCACUUCUGAAACUUCCUGGGGGGUUUGGGAGUGGAGGGGGUGUGUGACAUUUCUGUGUACAUUCCUCCUGAGGAGGAGGCUUUGAGCCUGUCUUGUCAGGCCAGCUCUAUAAAGGGAAUGAAUUGGUGAUGUGUCCCAACUCCACCCCAUCUCUCCAUCACAUACAUAGCUGUGUGCCUCAGUAGUGUGCCCUGCAAAGCCAGUCUUGGCUCUGUGCUCCAGGGCUGAGAUGAGCCUUGCUGCCUAGGGCAGAGACCCGCACCCACUGCAUUGUUCUUGUACCAAAAGAAUCUGUUCAGGCCUCUUCUUUGUGUCUUGUGAUCACUCUUCUAUGGUUCUCUAUUAGGAAGUUGUGAGUCAAAUAGUAACUGUGCUUUUUUUCUCCACCUCCUUUCCUACAAAAGUACCAAUGCAAGUUUUAGUGGCGAUGGUGCUGAGAGUGCAGUAGUUGUGGAUGGAGAUGGGGCUCGGUGCAGAGCAGCUCCGUCCAAGUUUCAUCUUCUGAUUGUGCACCUAAGACACCAGGGCUGCACGACAGUUUUCAAAUAUUCCUUGCUUUGAGAGGUGCUGCCUGUGUUCCUGGCCCAGGGUACCUACAGGAACACCUGAAAGCUUCCUCAUCCCUGGCAUUUUUUGCAUUGACUCCUUCCAGACCUGGAACUCUGUCUUCAGAAUGAACGUUGGUUUUUCCUGAGUCCUUUCCAAGCUGCCUUCGCAUGCUUCCUGUUGCUUGAGCACUGCUUUAUCCAAUGCCCUGAGAGAGGCUCGGUUUCAGUGUUUGCAGGCUGCGGAUGCUGCGGUCCCUUCCAAGUCUGAUCCUUUGGGUCUGAUCCUGCUGUUGAAGAUCAUUUACAGAUGUGUCAGGCUGAACUCAUAGGCCAGGGCUGGGGUUCAGGACAUACUCUCACACUUGUUAAUAUGGAAUUGGGAGGGGUUUUGUUUGAAAGCAAGUUAACUCUGUUCUCAGGAGCGAGAGCCUUUUCCUCUGUAAAUAUUUUAGGUACGUGUAAAAUGACAGAUUGGAAAAAUGUCUGUCCAGCCUUUGUUUUUGAGCAAGACCAGGAGAAUGGGAGCAAACGUUGUACUAAUCUUAUUAGGGUCUAACAAAAGCUGCCAAGUGGGAUGACCACGUCUAGCUCCUGUACAAGGAUAAGGCAGAGGACAGUUCCUGCUCCAAAGAAUUUAGUCUAAGGCCUUGACACUACAAACGUUUCUGUGCAUAACCCUUGUUUUUCUCCUGUAAACAAAUAAGAACGACCCUAGCACCUGUGUCAGUCUGUAUGCAUGGCCCUUGACACUGGACCAACAUCCACCAGAUCUAGUAGAACCAAAGGGGGAGAGCCUGACUCUCUCAGGACAGAAAAGGACUAAUUUCUAACAAAAUAUUAAAGGGAAUUGGAUUAAUAAGACUUCUGUUAGUAUUGUUAAUGUUUGGGGUGUGUUUUACACUUGUGACACUACAUGCAAUCUUGUACAUGCCAAGACACACACACCACCCCUCUCCCUCCUCUUAAAGCCUGAGUCUUAGUUCAUGGAAAUUUGGGAGUUUGGUGAUGGCAGAAUUAGGGCCUCGUUAGUGACUGUUGCUAUUUACACUUUGGCAGCUUCUCAAGUCAAAUGCAAAGGCUGACAAGGUUAUUUCACCUCUUAACUGGUUUUGUACCUGAUCCAUUUCCGUAAAGCAUUUGGUUAGAGAUGCAUGGGGAGAGAACCUGCUGGACCCAUUAUUGUUGAGAUUGCAGGUGGUUUGGUGAUGCUGUUAAUUCUAAGUGUCCUUGAAUGUAACUUGUAAAAGAGCUGCGGAGACAAUUCUCAAGCGUCUGUGAAAUGCCUGUAUUUUGUGAGUCACGCUUAAGCCAUUGUGGCUGUCUGGCUCCUUUGGGAAGAAGCAGAGAAAAUGGAUCUGUUUACAGUUGCUGUUUAGACUUGGGGGAAAAGGGGGGGCUCUAGGGCAGGUUUGUGCCUAUUUAGCAAAAGUGCUCUCACGUAUUGCUUCUCCACUCCUCAAAGAGUUGCAGCUGGUUGGACAGAAGAUGGUGAAUCUGGACUGCAGAUCAGCUUUCCAAGUGCACUUUAUGGUCUCUGCAUAAGUUUCCAGAUCUGUGUCUAGGCGAUACAUUGCAUAUGUCCCAACCUUGCUCCCUUUGGAGUUUACAUCAUUUGUUUUUAAACUUCCAAUAUAUUUUCUCUUCCUCUUCCAAAAGCUGUAAGGAAUUAGCUGCUAAACUAAAACAGGAGGGCAAUUCUCUGGCUGAUAAAGAGCUGAUUUUUGGCCCUAGCCGCUGUUGAGUGCGGAGCCCCAGCCUGUAGCACGGCUUCUAGAGCAGCUCCUGUCUUCCACUGCCAGAGAAGUAGUGCUAACGCCUUCUGCAUCACAACGCGGGCAAGGAGCCAGGAUGGAAGACUAGGACAUGAGGCCAAAAUGGCAAAACUAAGAUGGCCAAAAGGAGGUGUUGAUGCCUUGGCCAAAUGGCUGCAAGCGCAUCCUGGUCAUCUUCCUCAUCUGGGGCUCUGGCUUCACAGAACCUUUGCAAAGGCUGCGACUUCCCUAGAGAGCCUGGUAGCUCCUAGUGAUCUGCUGAGGCUGAAUUGGGGGGAACGUGGCUAUUUUCUCAGCUAUUGAGGCAUCGUGGCAACAGACCUGAUCAGAUGAGUUGCAGAGGGUGUGUCCCCCAUCAUGCUCUUCCUCGCCUCUAGCUUCACUUUGGCACUUGUGCAUAUCCAAGGGUAUGUGCUGGUUCGGACAAUCUCCCACUCCCUGCCCUGGCCAGCUCGGAGGGGUGCCCAGUCAAUGCAUGCAUCUCAUUUAUUUUAAAAACUAUUUGCAUGCUUCAGAGCUCUUUGCCUGUGAGCUGGGAGAUGGACUCCCACUCACCCAAUGUCUCGGAGGCUGCAAAGCUGCUCUGAAAUCCCACCAGCGAGGCGCAGAAGUCGGUGCUACCCAGGUGCCCAGUGGGCAGAGAUGCAGAGGGGUCAUCUUUCUACUUGUCAGGCUAGAAAGAUGGGCUGUCACCCGUCAGCUUGGCAGGAGGAUCAUGGUUCAAAGCUGGUUUCCAAAAGGCAGGGGUCAUUGACCGUUGCUCUCAGUCAGCCCUGAACUCAGGGUAACUGAAAGGAGGAGAAAGGAGUAUUAUUAUUUACUUCAGUACCAGGAAAUCAGCAUCCCCUAAGGGAGCCAAGCUGCCUGUUUCUAUUGAUUCUUUUCUUUUUUUUUUUUUUUUCCUCCCCACUGGCAUUGCACACACGAUUCCCUGAGGCAGCUCUACAGCUCCCAGCCUCAAACUCCCUUUGCAGUGCCCUGGAGAGCUUUCCAGGGUUGGAUUUCCCAGGAGUCUUGGGCCUUUAGCUUCUCCCGCUAGCUGUCUUGUUGUAAUGGUCUGGCAGAAAAGCUGGUUUUGCUGGGCUGGAUCAAAGCACCUCCCUUCUCUCGUGGCUGGCUUCCCCAGAUUUCUAGCAGCAAGCCUUGCACGCCCUUUCACAGGAAAUCCCACAUGCAGCGUGGGAACACCCUGAGCGAGACGAGGUGGGGAGCAGGAGAGCAUCUUGUUACUUGAGAUGUGAGCUCUAUGAACGCCAGCAUCUCAGAAAGGUGAUUCUCCUGCCUUUGAACCCCCAUGUUCACAUUGGGAAUGCUGCUCCAGGGAGGGAAGUUUGCAGGAUCUGCCCAAUCCCAGGCUUAGUGGUCUGCAUUUAGCCCUGUGGUCCCCAAGAGAACCGAACACUUUCUGGGGUGAGGCCAUUUCGGUGGGCCUUGCAGUGGGUGCACAAAGAGCUUUUGCUUCCGGCAAACCAAACUUUCUCCUCUUCAUAAAUUUUAUAUGUAGAACUACAUAUUCUCCUCUUCAGGAAACUCCUUCUUAUAAAGGAUAGAUUUACUGUCCUGCUGAGUUAAACAAGGGAGAUGCUGGUCUUCCCCUUUGCUUUGGAGAUUCAAACAAAUGACAGGUGAUUUUAUUUUUAGCAUUAUCUCUUUGUCUGUGGGGAGGGGAGGCAUGUUAUAGAGGCUCAGGGGUGCUGGGAAGUAAAGCUAUAUAUGCAUAAAGACUGUUUCAAUGCUGAACACUAUAAAUUCAGUGGUGGACAAAAAAAAAGAAUGUAAAUAUGCACUUAAUGCAGAAUUUUAUGGAUGGUCAUAAUUUAAUAUAUUGCAAACUUUGUAAAUACUUGGAAAAAGCCUGUAAAGUGUGUAAAUAAAUUAGAUUUGUAUGUAAGAAUAAUAAAAAAGUUUUUACUUUUUGCAAUUAAAUACAAGUGUUAAUGCA